UUUUGUGUCCGGAAAGCCAAAUUUCGGACACGUUUCCGCAACGGAAAAUGUUGAUUAAAUGAAGUGUUGGUCUUACUUAUUGUAGUGGUCCUGGUGAUGAUGCUCUUGAAUGAGUGACAAAUGUUUGAAGUGGUUGUUGAGAGAUCAUAAUCUGUAGUCAGGACAAAUGUUUGAUAUUUUGAUUGUUGUGAUUUUGUAUUUUAUGUUCAUCAGGAUGGUUCUUCUCAAAUUUUUACUGUGAGUAGAGAGUGAAACCAUGGAUAAAAAGUCAUGGCCUUGGAGGAAAAAAUCUGCAGAAAAAACAAUCAUUGCAACUAACAAAUUUGACAUUUCUCCGAAAGGAAUCGAUGAACAGAUUCCGAAACCUCCGGUGGCCGAUGAAGUGAGACCGGUUGGACCUGUUAGGAAUUUGAGUGAGAUUAUAGCUUCAGUGCUCCUUGAUUCUCAUGCUAAAGAUGCUCUUGUGUUAAAACAAGAAAACUUAGCACAAGAAGAAAAAGCAGGCCAGGAAAAAGCAGAAGUUCAAGUAGUUUUCUUGAAGAAAGAACUAGAUGAAGCUAUUAAGCAGAGUGUUGCUGCAAAUGAAAAAAUAACCGAUUCAGACGCUGCUUUAAAGCACUGCAUGCAGCAACUGAGUUCUCUUCGGGAAGAACAGGAGCGAAAAACACUUGACGCUGCCAUGAAGGCGUCAAGUGAGUCUGAGAAAGAGCGGAAACAUUUUGAAGAGAAGUUCAGAGAGAUGAGCAGACGACUUGCGGAUUUAGCUAUCGAGAAUACGAAUAUGAGUAAAGCCCUUGUACUUAAAGAGAAAUCGUUUGAAGAACUGCGUAAACGCUCUUCUCAGACAGCAGCGGAAUUCAAUGGAUUGAUGACUAGAUUAGAAUCAACCGAAAAGGAGAACACAUUUCUGAAAUAUGAGUUUCAUAUGCUUGAGAAAGAGCUCGAGGUUCGUAACGAGGAGCUGGAGUAUACCCGUCGUUCUGCGGAGGCAUCACACAGGCAACAGUUGGAGAGUAUUAGGAAAAUCACAAAGUUAGAAGCAGAAUGCCAGAGGCUCCGUAUCCAAAUGCGAAAAAAGCUGCUGGGUCCUUUUGCUUCAGCAAAGAUGAAGAAUGAAGUCGAGAUGCUCGGAAGAAAACCGAAUCCUAUACGAGAUUUGGUUCUUCGAGAGACACACUCGGAAAAGUCUCCUGAAAUUCCUGUCAGGAACAUCAAUUUUCUAGUUGAGCAACUGCGAGGUACAGAAGAAGAAAAUCGAGUCCUCAAAGACAUACUAACCAAGAAGAACGCUGAACUUCGAGCUUCAAGGAUCAUGUAUUCAAACACGGCCUCACGGUUGUCACAAGUCAAGUGUACAAGUCCAUUGUCGAAUGAACUACAUCGAAGUCCAGUUUUUGACACCGGAAGUGAUGAUGGAGUUAGCUCCUCUGGAUCAUGGGCUAAUGCUCUAAUUACAGAGUUGGAACAUUUCAGAGAUGCUAAACUCAAGAGCUCACCAGACUGCAAGUCCAUUGAAGUUUCAGACAUUAGUUUGAUGAAUGAUUUUGUUGAGAUGGAGAAAUUAGCUAUACUUUCUUCAGAGGCGCCUUAUGGAGAUCGUAAUCACCUUCUCUCAGCCGAUAGACAACUAAUUCCAGUCGUCCAACGUAAUGCUGGCUGCAUUGAAAAAAUGGACAAUUCUUUUGACUGGCUUCAAGAGGUUUUGAGUGCAAUCUUCAAACAACAGCGCAUAUCAAAACGAAGUCUCAUCGAACUUCUCGAUGACAUUAAAAUUGCUUUGGGCUAUAUGAGUCAUCCACCAGUGGAAUCAGAUGACCAGAAUGUGUGCAAUCUGCAAGAAGAAAACAAGAGACUAAAAGAUGAACAGACGAGUGUAGAGGCCAUGCUUCAGACCACAACUAAUACGGUUGAGACUUUGACAAAGAAGCUUCAGGAAUCAGAAGAAAGAAUUAAAAGCUUAAAUUUAGAAUUGGAAACUAUUAAAGCAUCAAAGGGAACGUUCGAGGAUCAGAUUGAAAACCAGAAAUUAAUCAAUGAAGAUCUUGAUACUCAGCUUGCAGUUUCAAAAGCUAAAUUGAAUGAGGUGUUACAGAGAUUCUCAUCUUUGGAAGUUGAAUUAGAAGAUAAAUAUAAUUGUUGUGAAGAGCUAGAAGCAACUUGUCUCGAGCUUCAGUUCCAGCUCGAAAGCAGUGUUGCAAUGAAGGAUUCUCUCAACUACAGCAUAAAUGACGACACGCGACACCAAGACGAUUUGGAGAUAACAGCAGCUUCUUUGAAGCUGGCAGAAUGCCAAGAGACUAUCCUUAACCUCGGAAAACAACUGAAGGCACUCGCGACACCAAGGGAAGCAGCCUUGUUCGACAAGGUAUUCAAUACUUCUAAUUCAACAGCCACAGCGACAUUUAAUAAGCACUUGAACAGGCGUUUCUCUUUGCGUGAUCAAAUGCAAGCUGAAGAUACUGCUAAGGGAAUAAUUGUAAAAUCUCCUACAAAAGAUUCAAGAAAUCUCUCUAAUAAUGUCACUGCCUCGGGUACCCCAAAUACCCUGAUAUGUGCACCAGAAGCAAAGCCUGAUCCGAAACACAAACACAAUAACACCUCAGUUGGAUCUCUGGCAAUAAUUGUACCUGUUAAGAAACAAGGAGGAGCUAGUUUUCUAAGGAGGCUGCUAAUGCGAACUAAGAAACGAAACAGCAAGAAGUCCCGUUUCAAUCCUUAGCGAAGAAGAUACAGCUGCGUAAAGCUGCAAAAUCGAAUUGAACCAUGCCAAUGUUGCUCAUAAUUUGGCGCAUCAUAUAUGUACUGUUCUACCGUAUUGUUCGUUUCUUGUUGCCGAUACGGAGAUUAGGCAGCGAGGGGCAGAGCCAGGUGUAGCUUGUCUUCCAAGUAAUACUGAAUUGUGUGUACAUAUGUGUUUUGAGGGUCUUAAAGGGGUUAUUUUAUAACACCAAUAAUUGAGAGAAUGGGAAGGCAGACUCUGCCUGUUGCUUUAGUUGAGGUUUAGUGAAUGUUUGAUGUAUAUAUUGAUGGUUUUAUUUCAUUCAAUAAAGUAUGUGUAGUGUAAUGUAGAAAAGUGAUAUUUAACCCGAAUGUUUCUUUA